AACGCCAUGACGCCAUUAUGCGCCAUUAUGAAAGUAACAAAAAGAAAUUCAAAUUUUGGAUUCAAAAACUGUUUUUAAAAUGAAACGAAAGCUGGAAUCAGACGAUGAAUUAGACACAGAAGUUAACUGUGGUAAUGCGGACGAAUUUCGAGACCAACUUUUAGAACAAAAUGAGUUCGUUCGCGUUAUCAAAUGUAAGUAAAUUAUCAUUGGCGGUUGAUUGUUGCAAAUUUCAGUAUAUUUAUAAUUCACUAUAUAUUGUAAAACACCUUUAUUUAUACUGAAUAGCUCUAUCAGUUCUACACUGUUCUUCUUAGAGGUCCAGUAAAGAUCAUCUCUUAUUGAUCCAGUGUAUUAACAGUGUUAUAAAUACUACAGGAGGAAACCUAAAGUAAACUAACUAGCCUGUAUACUCCAGUAUGGAAUGAAGGUGAUGUGCACAAAUCGGUGCACAAAUUGGUGCACAACUUACCCAAUAAUCCCCACAAUUUCCUUCUGUUAUUGGUGUACAAAAAAAAAUUGGAUUUUCACAACGUACAUUAUCUAUAUAUUUUUUUUAUUAUUUACUAGUACUAUGGUGUGUAACAACUAAAUAAUUGGUAAAUUCAGAAAUUCUGACCUUCGCUGCUACACUUGCUACCCCCCCCCCCCCCAAGAAUCUUAAUUAAUUUAUAACGUGCACAGGUCAUGAGCCCGCUGGGUAUGUGCACAACAUGUGGUGCACAACCAAAGUUGCGUUUAAAUUGUGCGGUGCACAGAAAUGUUACAUUCCAUACUGGUGUAUACUGGAUAGUUCUAUCAGUUCUAAACUGUAAAGCACCCAAGCCUAGUGUAACCUUUGCAGUGCUGUCAGCACGUUCCUAGCCAGUUACGAGAGACAUUCACCCCCCUGAAAAUAUUUAAAAUGGACUCUCUUACAAGAGACAUUCACCACCACUCCCCCCCCGAAAAUAUUUAAAAUGGUGGACAUUCAGGGGGUGAAUGCCUCAAAUCAAUAAAUGGACUGCAUAUAAUCGUGGGGGUCAUAUUGUUGUUAGGUUUCCAAACAACAAGACAGCAUUUGAUCUUUUCAUCAGAAUUCUGGUUGAACCAUUCUGACCAGGCACACCCUUGGUUAGAAUGAUCACAUACACUAACCUUUGUUUCUUUUAUCAGUGAGUGGAAAGCAGCCAAAUCUAGCUCUGCCACAGGACUGGGUAGGAAUGUACCACAAAAGUGGCGGAAUAAUUUAUCUCAAUCGAAAGACCCGAGUGUGUAGUUGGGCGCGGCCGUACCAUAUUGGGCAAGCGAGUGUCAGGGUAAUAUAGACUUUUGUAUUGCCUGGAUCUGUUUUACUGGUAGUUGAAAUAUUUUGUUCAUUUUGGUAAGGCUGUUUAUUGGCCAGACCAAUGUUAAACAAAUGUCUCUGCUGCCUAACUGAACUUUUGAAAACUGAAACUAAUCCAUCAAAUUUGAUUGGUUCGGUGAAAAUUGUGUAUCAAUGUUAAUUAUGCAUCAUGUUAAUGGUUCCUGCAUAUAUAGUUCUAUGGCACGUUAGACAGAAACAGAAACUGCCUCGUGCCUAGGCACUUUAGUUUGCUCUGCCAUUGUGCUUGUGGUACAUGCAUAGAUUGUAGUGCUAGCAACAAUGAUGUAGGUGUCUCCUCAGUAGCUUAGGUAAAAGUUCAGACUAGCAAUUUUGUAGAGAUUAUAGAAACUUUUGAUUGAAAGGAAAAUGUUGGAGCACAGUAUUAGUUUCAGUUUUCAGUAAGAGCUGUAAAGACAGGCAGAAGAUUUGAUAAUAGAUUAACCCAUUAAGUUGCAUUGUGCCCUGCCAGAUUAUUUUACCCUAAUACUAGACAAUUUCAUUCAUCCAAGGGAGAGUCUUGCACAUUGAUGGGUUAAUCAAACUGACUGCACCCUACUUUUAUUAUUACUUUACUCUGUCCAAAGCCAGACUUGUCCAGGGAGAGUUUUGUGCAUUAUUGGGUUAACUCAUUAAGUUGUUUUGCACCCUAAUGCACCUUACUUUAUUAUUUUGCUUGUCAUGGGAAGAGCACUGGUGCUUAAUGGGUUUAUAGUGCCCAAAUCAAUAGAAAUGUAAAAGUGCCUGAUAUAUGCAUAAGCAAAGUACUAUAGGCUACCUAUGUGAGGAAACAUUAUAUUGGUCCUAAUCACUUAAUUUACAAAACUAACAGUUUACAAACAGAGCUAAUAUUUCAACUAUUAUUCAACUAACUCUCUACUACUAAAACUGAAUACAGAAACAUGAUGUGCCGACUGCGGCAAUACCGUGUCUGCAUCAGAUCAUGGCUUUGAACAACGACAAGAAGCAAAGUCACCAGAAGAAGCGAAAAUCAUCGGAUAUCCAUGAUGGCAUCAUCGGUCACCAUACUGGUAAUCUUGACAACCAAUCUGGUGACCAUGACGACCAUAGUGGUAACCAUGGCAACCAAACUAAUUGUGAUGACAACCCAAUAACGAGUUCUGAUGAGCAAAACUCAGAUGUGGGUUACCAUGACAACAGUGAUGGUAGCACUGAUGGUAACUAUGGAAACAAAAAUAUUAACUGUCGCAAUGUUGAUGGUUGUCAUGGAAACAGUGAUGGUAGCCAGAGUGAUGAAAAUGGUAAUCUUGGUGGUGGCACAGAUGGCAACCUUAGAAACAUGGAUGGUAGCCAGAGUGCCCCAGAUGGUAACCAUAAUGGUACCAACAGCGAAACAGAUGAUAGUAACCCUGGUAUAACUAACAAUAACAUAGAUAGUACCAUUGAUAUAACAUCAAAAAAAGCACUUGUCAGUACUAACAAAAGUAUGGAUGCUGGUAACAGUGAAGUCAUUACCAGCAAUAAAACUAUUAGCUCUGUCAAACCAGUGCAAACCUGUGACAACACCAUUAAUAUGGUGGCGACUCAUCAAAAUAAUGACAUCACUGCUCUAAAUAAAACCAUUAGCUCAAGCAAAGCGCUGGAGAACAGCGAUUCGGGAAAUGUUUCAGAGAACGCAGAAAGCUCGCCGCUUCAGAUGUGUAGUGUUGAAGAUGUCACCGAGUACCUCGGGAAACUCUGGGAGUUUCACGACAUCACCAAAGAACAGGAACGCAAACUUCUGCUGACAGACACGAACGAAAUGCCGCGGGAUGCGACGCAAGAGUAUAAGUCGACCCAAAUUCUAAGAACCAUACCAUACCUUGUGCAUGGGGUGAAUCACAAGUCUAAAAACAACGAAAGAGUUGUUAUCAAUCCUGCAGGCAAGAGCGCUCGGUCGUUGCUCCACGAGUAUUGUAUCAAGUUGCAUAACGUUAAACCAGAAUAUACCACUGAGGAGAGCGGAGUGCCCAAAACACCGUUUUUAGCAAUUGUACAAGUCGAUGGCUUGAAGUAUGGAACUGGCAUGGCAACCAGUAAGAAACAGGCAAAACACUGUGCUGCUCAGAAGACGCUGGAAAUUCUCAUGCCCAAGAAGUCAUUUAAGAAGCUCAUGGAUGUCGACGCAAAUGUCAAGGUAUAAAUGCUUUAGACAUUUUCUUACACGACUAAUGCCGUAUAGGUUUGGUUAUGUCCAUCGACCUCAAAACUGAUGAAAAAUGUAAUCCUGGGGCCGGUUGUAUCAAGCCCGUUUAGCUUAAACGGUGGAUAAGUCAAAAUUAAAUAACACUCUUAUAUCUGUCAUCUGAUGCUUGUGAUGUUACUCUGAGACUGAGUGUAUUACUGUAUAUACCCAUAUUGCACUGACGCCACAAAUCCUUAGAGUGUCCUCCAGAUGCUGCCUAACAAUAUCUGUUCGGGUACAACAACCACAUACAGCGCAAAAAUUAACCAUUUUCAUACAAAAUUAUUAUAAAGUUUUACAAAAUUUGCUUUAUUUAGAAAAGUUAUAUUAUGCAUAGAUUGCUAAUUUGUCCUCCAGAUGCAUCAUCACCGGCGCUGUAACGUCAUAUGCAAUGGAUCUAUAUCCACACCGGGCAAGCUUGAAAAAUAUGCCUGGCCACGGUGGGAAUCGAACCUACGACCUUUGGAUAUAAUACUAGCCCUGGAUAUACACUCAGAGUAAUAUCACAAGCAUCAUAUUCACCUGACUACAUUGCACCAACACAGAAAAGAUCACUCUCUCGUGAAUCAGUCAAAUUAACAUUGUGCACUGAAUUGUUAGAUGUAAACAUUAUCGUUCUAUUAAGGUUCAAAACUUUUAGUUUGGUUGUUGAAUGAAUCUAUAGACUUGCGUUCUAUUUUGAGGCUUGAGCUUAACCACCGUUUUAGCUAAACGGAUUUGAUACAACCGACCCCUGAACUACAGUGAAGGUCAAAUAAUGACUGAGUGACUGGGAAUACUCGUAAGAUUUGCCCUCUAUAUAUAAAUACGGAGUUUUCUACAUUUCCUUCAGCUUUUUGACGAUAUUCCAAUAGAAGAUUCAAAUGUCUACGAACUAACUUCCAAGUUAGGAUUACUCAGUCCACAUCAAGUCCUCAACGAAUGCAUCAAAAGGUAACGAGUGAUUUUACUUUGAGCUUUCUAACUACUUUGCUACCAUGCAACUAUUUAUUCCCAUACUUAAUUUUAUGGGUGUCGUAAUAGUGGGUCUGGCAGGCCACUGAUGCCCCCCCCCCCCUCCACGGAAAAUAUUAAGGAUAACUCUCUUUAGAUUGACUAACAUGCAGUACAACCAUGCAUGCUGCCCACUAAAAGCAAUCCAUGACGAGAAUUUUCUAACCGAAUGAGGGAUUUUCCCACCGUGGCCGGGCAUAUUUUUCAAGCUCGCCCGGUGUGGAUAUGCACUCAGAGUAACAUCGCAAACAUAUUAUUCACCUGAGUACACAACACCAACACAGAAAAAUUCAAAAUAGAAAAUAGUUUACAAGUGAAUUAUACAGUGAAUUUGAUCGCACACAAUUCUUUGAAAAACACUGCAAGAUUUCACACAAUAAGGCCAAAAUUGUGGGAAAUCAAUACGGAUUUAUCGCAACAAAUGUUGUCACUGCACAUUUUUACUUUAUCACCAUACUUCAAAUUAGUUAUGACACUAAAAUUUUUCCCCUUUUUUUCAGAAACCAGGGCGUAUUAACAUCUGAAGUGAAGUUCGAGUUGAGUCAUGGGGCAGAUAAGCAGUUGUAUUACACCAUGGAAUGUGGAAAACACAAGGCUACAGUAAGUUAUUUGAUGGGGGGGGGGGUCAGUUACUCAGCUUCAAGGUUGUUGAGCAAUAAUGCCAUUCCUCGAGUAAAGAGCAUGGACGGAUUUACUGGGUACAGGGUUAGGGGGAGGUUAAACUCCCUAGAAUCUCUCUAACCCCUCUAAUAAAGUUUUCAACUCCACCAAAAUUUCUCUUUACCCCUCCUAUUUUGUGUGAAAGUAUUUAACCCAAGCGCUUAACCCCUGCCAAAGCUCACUGAGUGGUGCCGCUUGCACCCCACCAGAAAUGUUUCUACCCCUCCUUUUAAAUAAAUGAAACUCCGCCCUUGCAGGGCACGAAAUAAUGGCCGAUCAAUGAUCGGCAGGAAAUUGCUUUUAGAGGAAAAUUGCAGAGAAGCAGGGUUGCCGAUCAUCUUGAUCGACAAGAACCAUUGUCUCAAAAACACGGUUAAUGUCAUUAACGAACACCAUGCAAUACUACGCCAUUAUCACAUGCAGCACAUAUAAACAGAACGUAUCCUAUAAUGAUCGAACAGAUUUUCAUUUGAUCAGCAGAAAAUCAUGACUGCUGAUCACCAUGAUCGGGAACCUUGGAAACGUUAUUUCGAGCCCUGUCCUUGGUAAAGAGGCAUAUUGUUACAGUACUUCACUCUUCGGAUCACCCUGAUGAAGACUCUAGGCUGUUGAAAUGUUCGGUCGUGAUGACCUGGUUGCUAACGUAUGUUUUGUCUCCUAUAAAAGGGACCGUGCCGUAACAAGAAAUUGGGUCGUGAACUCGCAGCACAAACAGUGUUACAGGUAGAUAUCUUUAAUAUGCAUCACCCUCGCUUGAAUGCCAAGACUUGUUUGUGAGCUACCUUUAAGUCAGGAAUGAAUUUACUGGGGGGUGCGUACCCCCAGCUCUGGCCAGAGGGGGUGCUAUUUUUCAUGAUAAACAAAAAAAUAUUGGAGAAAAAUGUAGAAAGAAAGGUGCAGGAAUUUGAGUAAUAACAUGAUGAUAAGUGAACUGUGAAUAACAAUUACAAUUCAAAUACAGUAGUCAAGCAAGACUUUUCAGUAGUCAAGCAAGUUGAUGACCGACACAACUCGCCACCAGAGCUGUUUUGUGGCCGCUCCCCAUGGCGAUUUGGUAAAAUUGACAAUCCUUCAUAAGACUGAAAAUGUCGCUUCUCUGUUCAUGUAGAAACUGCAUCCGCACUUGAAAUCUUGGGGUUCGAUUUUGCGUAUAUACGUCGACGAUCACACGGCACAGGUAUACUAAAUUCGUUUGUUCCGGCGACAGCUAGCUCAAAACUAUUCCAUUUUGACAGUGCAGUGUGGUAAACUACACACAUAAAAACGCGCAAGAUUUUACAAGUUUGCAGCCAAUUCGUUGUUACAAAUCUGUUCACAAGCUGUCAACAAGUUGUCUUCGCAUUGUUUGUUCCCAGUUGUUGUAACAAGUUUGGAACAAGCUGUUAACAACUUGUAACAAGCUUGAUGGCAUUAUCAGACUUGUCACAAGGUUGUUCUAACAAGUCUGAUACAGUCAUGGUAAACAAGAAUGUUACAAGGUUGACGACACAAGGUUGUAACAAUACUGAUAUAUCAUGACCGUAUCGGACUUGUUGGAGCAACCUUGUAACAAGCCUGAUAAUAUCAACAAGGUUGUUACAAAUUGUUAACAGCUUGUUCCAAACUUGUUGACAACUUGUUGCAAGCAGUGCGAAGACAACUUGUUGACGGUUUGUUGACAAGAUGUGAGAUUUUUGCGUGUGUAUAUUAGUGAAAUGGACAACUCUAUAACAACCAUAUAGCGCUACGAGUUACCUGACACCCAUGCACCAAAAUUUGGUUAUCGUUUCAGGAGUUCACUAAACCCGACGCCCCCGCACCCGUGACGCCAUCAAGUGUGAACAAAGAACUUCUGAGUGAUCUAAAACAUGAGAUGUGGAAAUUUAUGAAGGUAGAAUUUAUUUGAUGUUGCUAUAUACGAACUGCUCAAUACACUAUUCCGGAAAGUAUUUAGCCUUGGCUAUAGAGCCUUGUGUUAAGCGAUAGCGCCCUGGUAAUGCCUGCUACAUGUGCUGUUGUUUAUUGAGCUUCUCACUGUUUGGUGAGCGGAUUUUCCAACAGACUGUUGCAGUGGAUUUUUUAAGGAUUCUUCAGUGGUGGGGCAAACCUGCCAAAGGGCACAUUUUCCUUGCCCCCCCCCCCUCCCCCCCAGGAUAGUAUGCGAUCGCCGAAGGUGUGAGCUGAAUACCGCAAGUACGAGUUAACUAGGGAGGUCUGGGGGCAUGCCCCCACCCCAGGAAACUUUUAAAAUUUGGGUUUCUGAGAUAGCAUUUCCUGCAUUCCGAGAACACAUUUAAAAAAAACCUCAGCCUCUCAAAACAAAGUUUUAAUGGUGAAAUUUGUAAUAAAUUGCAUGCUAAACAUUCAAACACAUCAUAUAUUCAAGUAUGCUCACCAAAAAAUUUUGUUUUUUAAACUUCUUUUCAAUGUUAAACUCAUUUACUCAAAACAGGUCCUAUAGGGCCCUGGCUUUGGGGCAAUAGGCCAUUUUUUUCUUCAGUGGUGGGGCAGAGGAAGGGGUCCAGUAGGGCCCCACCAGAUCAUGGCAUUAAAAAAUGCCUUGGGCUGUUGCCCAAUUGACAGGGGAUCGGAGGUACCUUUAACGUCCUUAUCCGAGAAGUCGCGAAAACCAUUUACUGAUGUCAAUAGACAACUUUUAUGUUAGACUAAUUUUUGAUCAUGGUAAAAAAAGUAAAUUCCCGUAAAGAACUUAUUAAAAUUAGUAAAAUUGCAAAAUUUGGUUAUUUAUAAACUUUACAAUCAAUAAAACGAUUGAAGGUACAGACAACAGGACUGAGGAGUCCCAAAUCAAGUCCUACCUACACAUUACACUGACAUUGUAAAACAAUAGAGACAGGUUACAACUUUAACAAAGCUACAAUACAAAAUUACAACACACGAUCAAUGCGUUCCAACCCAUCUUUACAGUUUCCAAAGUUAAUAUGAUAUGGUUACGAAAUGUUGUAAAAUACGGAGAAUAUAGCCUUGCGAAGUUUGCAUAUUUUGUAUAUGUUUGUAUUACGUGCGGAAAUUGUUACCAUUUUUGAGCCGAAAAUGGUAACAAUUUCCGCACGUAAUACAAACAUAUACAGAAUUUGCAAACUUUGCAAGACUAUAUAUUUUUCAAGCUUUACAACAAUUCGCAACAAAAUUUUGCAGUUUUACUAAUUUCAUUAUGUUCUUUUUAGCUGUGGUGUUUGAUUCCCUUCUCUUUACUUUAUAGAUUAAAAUUUAGCAAGGGUGGGUUGACUAUAAAAUUUUUGUAGUUCGCUAUAACUCCAGCUACUUCAAAAAUAUGUAGGGUUAUAGAUCAGCUACAACUACUGCUACUUUUGAACAAAGGUAGUUCGCUACUGACUACAGCUACUGCUUAAAAAAUGUAGCGAACUAUUUCGCUAUUUCGCUACACUAUAUUUUUUAGUUUUACUAUAUUUGGAGCAUCUACUAACUCAGGCUGUAAUAUAACCUAUAACAAAUCGACUUACGAGUAGCAACAGUAAACAAAAAGGUCAAAGCAACAUUUUUAUAAGCACUACAGUGUUCAGGAGUGCCACUUUCCAUUGCGCUAAAAUAAUCUUUACUGUAUAGAAUAAUCUUUUAAGCAAACCGUGUCUUAAUAUCAUUCUAUUCUAUGAACGGUUGCUAACAUAUUUUAAAAAGUAGCGAAUAGCGAUUCGCUGUUUGAAAAGUAGUCAACUACUUGGCUACUUUUAGGCAAACUGUAGUUCGCUAUAACUAUAGCUACUGUUUUAAAAAAGUAGUCAAAAACUACUGGCUACUUGAAAAUUGUAGUUCGCUACAAUAGCGAACUACAACUACUUCGCUACUACCUACCCUUGAAAUUUAGUCUAACAUGCAAGUUGUCCAUUGUAAAAGGUAGCAUUUUCUCCUCAAUUAUUUUAAGACCUUGAGUUGAGGUCCGAGCAAGGAUUCCCAGCUUGAAAGACAAGCGUGGUGAACAACACGACACCACAAGCGGUUAAAACAUGAAGUUCACGCAUUAUGUGAUGCAUUUUAUUUUUAUUUCCAGAAAAAGGCGAAAGCUUCGACAGGUUUUAUAACCAAUAUUGACAUAUAAUUGAUUUAAUUUGUUAUUUUUAAUAAUGAAAUUGUGAAUCAUUUUUAAUCAAUUGUUGUGAAGAAAUAGUAGGUUUUAUAACCAAUAUUGACAUAUAAAUGAUUUAAUUUGUUAUUUUAUAAUCAUUUUUAAUCAUUAAUUGCUGUGAAUAGUAGGUUUUAUAACCAAUAUUGACAUAUAAUGGUUUAAUUUGUUAUUUUUAAU